GUGUUACACGAAGGAAGAUUGGUGGAAUUCGAUGAACCUUACGAGCUUCUUCAAAAGAAAUCCUCCAGAUUUUCCGAGCUGGUGCAGGAAGUUGGUGGGAAAGGCUCUGAGAAACUUCUAGAAAUGGCGCGAAAAGCGCACCAUAGACGAUUGAAAGAGAACGACAGUGCGUUUGGUUCGCAACAUUUGCGAAGUAACUCUGAGCGUAGUUCUGAUGAGAGGGGCAGGGAUACUCCUAAUGGUAUAACAGACAACCACGUUCCUGGUAAAGCUAAUGGUACUGUAAGCUCUAUCGCAGAACAUGACAGUAUCCGGUAA